UGGUCGAGGAGCGUUCUGAGAGUCUCCCCUCCGCGCGCGAGGAUAAAUAUGCGCGGCUUGUCAGUCAGUGCGGCGCUGUCUCCCAGCUGAUAGGGUGACGUUCCGUUUGGAGGCUUGGAGAUUGGCUUUUUGAUUUGGCUUCUUGCGGCAGCUUAAUGGGCAAAGCUCUCCGCUGGCCCAGAAACCAGCCUCUCCGCGCGUCCCCUCUGCGCGCGGCGAGGCCGAGACGUCUCCCGCGGUGACAGCGUGCAAGGCGGAGACCCGGCGCGCUCCCAGCCCAGGGAAAGCCCAGGCGACGCGACCGCAAGCCCGAGCCCAGGUCCCUCGGAGCCGCCAGGGCGCGCCGGGCUGCUUGCCUUCCUGCCCCUUCCGGCAGGAAUCCCCUGCCGCCCGCGGCCGGGACUCCGGGCCUCUCCGGGGCGUAGAUUCCAGUCACCGCUCUGGGUCGGGGUCUCCCUCUUUCUGAAAUCCGUGCGGAAGGACCCCUCCCGGGGCCCCUCGCCCUGGCCCCAGACACCCUCCCUCCCAGACCCCGCGCUCCAGAUGCGCUGCCCCGCAGCUCCCUGACAGCUGCGAGCCCACGAACCCCGGCGGGAGGGCGGCGGCGGCGGACUGACAUGCCCCGGACGCGGCUGCGGCCGGCGGGCAGCCCGCGGGGGCGAUGAGCCGCUGCGACCGGUGAGGCGCCGGGCGGCGGGGGCAUCGCGUACCUUCCUCACCCCCCUCACUUGCCCACUCCGCUCGGGAGGCCGAGAGGAAACGGUCUCUGGCCUAUCAGGAGGACAACUGGUGCUGCAAUAGAAGCCAGUGGCUAAGUCUCGUGUAUGGCGUGGUUAAGGUUGCAGCCUCUCACCUCUGCCUUCCUCCAUUUUGGGCUGGUUACCUUUGUGCUCUUUCUGAAUGGUCUUCGAGCAGAGGCUGGUGGCUCAGGGGACGUGCCAAGCACAGGGCAGAACAAUGAGUCCUGUUCAGGGUCAUCGGACUGCAAGGAGGGUGUCAUCCUGCCAAUCUGGUACCCGGAGAACCCUUCCCUUGGGGACAAGAUUGCCAGGGUCAUUGUCUAUUUUGUGGCCCUGAUAUACAUGUUCCUUGGGGUGUCCAUCAUUGCUGACCGCUUCAUGGCGUCUAUUGAAGUCAUCACCUCUCAAGAGAGGGAGGUGACGAUUAAGAAACCCAAUGGAGAAACCAGCACAACCACUAUUCGAGUCUGGAAUGAAACUGUCUCCAACCUGACCCUUAUGGCCCUGGGUUCCUCUGCUCCUGAGAUACUCCUCUCUUUAAUUGAGGUGUGUGGUCAUGGGUUCAUUGCUGGUGAUCUGGGACCUUCUACCAUUGUAGGGAGUGCAGCCUUCAACAUGUUCAUCAUCAUUGGCAUCUGUGUCUACGUGAUCCCAGACGGAGAGACUCGCAAGAUCAAGCACCUACGAGUCUUCUUCAUCACCGCUGCUUGGAGUAUCUUUGCCUACAUCUGGCUCUAUAUGAUUCUGGCAGUCUUCUCCCCUGGUGUGGUCCAGGUUUGGGAAGGCCUCCUCACUCUCUUCUUCUUUCCAGUGUGUGUCCUUCUGGCCUGGGUGGCAGAUAAACGACUGCUCUUCUACAAAUACAUGCACAAAAAGUACCGCACAGAUAAACACCGAGGAAUUAUCAUAGAGACAGAGGGUGACCACCCUAAGGGCAUUGAGAUGGAUGGGAAAAUGAUGAAUUCCCAUUUUCUAGAUGGGAACCUGGUGCCCCUGGAAGGGAAGGAAGUGGAUGAGUCCCGCAGAGAGAUGAUCCGGAUUCUCAAGGAUCUGAAGCAAAAACACCCAGAGAAGGACUUAGAUCAGCUGGUGGAGAUGGCUAAUUACUAUGCUCUUUCCCACCAACAGAAGAGCCGCGCCUUCUACCGGAUCCAAGCCACUCGUAUGAUGACUGGUGCAGGCAAUAUCCUGAAGAAACAUGCAGCAGAACAAGCCAAGAAGGCCUCCAGCAUGAGCGAGGUGCACACCGAUGAGCCUGAGGACUUUAUUUCCAAGGUCUUCUUUGACCCAUGUUCUUACCAGUGCCUGGAGAACUGUGGGGCUGUACUCCUGACAGUGGUGAGGAAAGGGGGAGACAUGUCAAAGACCAUGUAUGUGGACUACAAAACAGAGGAUGGUUCUGCCAAUGCAGGGGCUGACUAUGAGUUCACAGAGGGCACGGUGGUUCUGAAGCCAGGAGAGACCCAGAAGGAGUUCUCCGUAGGCAUAAUUGAUGACGACAUUUUUGAGGAGGAUGAACACUUCUUUGUAAGGUUGAGCAAUGUCCGCAUAGAGGAGGAGCAGCCAGAGGAGGGGAUGCCUCCAGCAAUAUUCAACAGUCUUCCCUUGCCUCGGGCUGUCCUAGCCUCCCCUUGUGUGGCCACAGUUACCAUCUUGGAUGAUGACCAUGCAGGCAUCUUCACUUUUGAAUGUGAUACUAUUCAUGUCAGUGAGAGUAUUGGUGUUAUGGAGGUCAAGGUUCUGCGGACAUCAGGUGCCCGGGGUACAGUCAUCGUCCCCUUUAGGACAGUAGAAGGGACAGCCAAGGGUGGCGGUGAGGACUUUGAAGACACAUAUGGGGAGUUGGAAUUCAAGAAUGAUGAAACUGUCAAAACAAUUCACAUCAAGGUAAUUGAUGAUGAGGCGUAUGAGAAAAACAAGAAUUACUUCAUUGAGAUGAUGGGCCCCCGCAUGGUGGAUAUGAGUUUUCAGAAAGCGCUCCUGUUAUCUCCAGAUGUGACAGACAGGAAGCUGACUAUGGAAGAAGAGGAGGCCAAGAGGAUAGCAGAGAUGGGAAAGCCAGUAUUGGGUGAACACCCCAAACUAGAAGUCAUCAUCGAAGAGUCCUAUGAGUUCAAGACUACGGUGGACAAACUGAUCAAGAAGACAAACCUGGCCUUGGUUGUGGGGACUCAUUCCUGGAGGGACCAGUUCAUGGAGGCCAUCACCGUCAGUGCAGCAGGGGAUGAGGAUGAGGAUGAAUCCGGGGAGGAGAGGCUGCCCUCCUGCUUUGACUACGUCAUGCACUUCCUGACUGUCUUCUGGAAGGUGCUGUUUGCCUGUGUGCCCCCCACAGAGUACUGCCACGGCUGGGCCUGCUUCGCCGUCUCCAUCCUCAUCAUUGGCAUGCUCACCGCCAUCAUUGGGGACCUGGCCUCGCACUUCGGCUGCACCAUUGGUCUCAAAGAUUCAGUCACAGCUGUUGUUUUCGUGGCAUUUGGCACCUCUGUCCCAGAUACGUUUGCCAGCAAAGCUGCUGCCCUCCAGGAUGUAUAUGCAGACGCCUCCAUUGGCAACGUGACGGGCAGCAACGCCGUCAAUGUCUUCCUGGGCAUCGGCCUGGCCUGGUCCGUGGCCGCCAUCUACUGGGCUCUGCAGGGACAGGAGUUCCACGUGUCGGCCGGCACGCUGGCCUUCUCCGUCACCCUCUUCACCAUCUUUGCAUUUGUCUGCAUCAGCGUGCUCUUGUACCGAAGGCGGCCGCACCUGGGAGGGGAGCUUGGUGGCCCCCGUGGCUGCAAGCUCGCCACAACAUGGCUCUUUGUGAGCCUGUGGCUCCUCUACAUACUCUUUGCCACACUAGAGGCCUAUUGCUACAUCAAGGGGUUCUAAGCCACACAACAGAGCCUCCAGCAGGGCAGGCCUAGGACUUCUCCUGAGAGAAGGGCACUUCCCCACCAGUGAUCUCUCCCGACUGCACUGCCCUGGAGAGGCAGCAUCAGGACCUAAGCCCCAGGAACUUCACCCAACUUAGGCCCUGGCAAUUAACUGAAAGGGCAAAGUCUUAAUCAAUCAAACAAUGGAGGAAUCACCGACUUUACACAGUAUUUAAUUAAAUACAAACAAGCAACAGCAACAAAUCCACCUCCACCCCAUCUCCCCCUCAUAUCCCUGACCCAAAGCAAAGGUCAGAGCCUUUCGCCUCCUUCUAUUCCAUCUUUUGAUUAUUCCUUUGCCUCUCAUUUCUUUGGAAGCAGGGUUUCUCCUCUCUGCCCAAUUCCAUACGUCCCUAUUAUCUCACUCAGCUGACAAGACGUGAAAAUGAGUCACAUUCAUGUGGCUGGGGUGGGGUUCUUUUUUCAUUGUAAUCAUUAUUGUGGUUGCUUUCGUUUUGCCAUUAGGUUUUGCUUAUUAUUUUGUUUUGUCUUUUUUUUCUGAAGUGAGUGAAAAAGGUGCCACAAAGGAAUUCCGGGUCCGAGCCAACAGAGAGAAACAUGAAUUUUUAGACACAUGCUCUCCUGCCACCUCUUGGCUCCAUCAAGAUCCAGUUCCCCAUCUCACUGUUUUCUCUGAGUUCUUGGGAGGAGUGAUGGCGUUGGGGUAGAAAUAAGCUCACUCACCCACGCAGGGUACUAAAGAUCUUACAGGAGCUUCAACUGGAGCAGGAGGAGCUUUUUAUGCUUAUGUUGAAUCAAGUCAGAUACAAAAAGCAAUUGUCCCUCUUUGCCCAAGCCUUUCCAAUUCUGUGUGUCUUGUUGUGUCAGUGUCCACUUGUGUAUCCUUCUGCAGGAAGACCCGCCAAAUAGAAGAGAUGGGACAAAAAUAGGAAUGGUGCGUGAUGACAAAGGGCUACUGGAAGAACAAAAGGGAUACAGGCCUUCUUGAUUAUCUUUGGCUUUGUACCUGAGGCAGGAGAGAAGAGAUAUCCAACCAGUGAGAUCUUUAAGAGAAAAGUUUGUAUUUUAAAUGUCAAUGUGCCUGAGAAAUGUCAGCUUCACCACGCUCUUGCUUCCUAAUGCUCUAUACAAAGAGGGCUGACUAUAUUUCUUGAAGUGGUGUAAAAACUUAGAGAUUUUAUAAGAGAACCAGGGGCUCCCUUCACCUCUCCUGGUCCCUCAGGUCACAUAUGAAAGCAUUUUUACAAGAUAGGAACUGGAAUUCCUCAUUUCUCCCAUGUUCCUGCUUGUUUUUAAACUUCAUGAAGCUAUUUUUCCAGCCUAUGGGGUAGUUCUUGCUCCAGUAAGAGGAAUCUUAGUUGUCAUAAUCCCUUGGAUCCUGGGUUUUUGGAGAAAGAGAUCUCCGUGCCCUACAGACCUUUUCUCAACGAAUGUGGGAAGGACCUGGCUUUAAAACACACACACAAACACACAAAUAAACAGACAUAAGAUGUCAUCACGAAACUGCCCACGGAUCUUUAGGCUUUCUGCAUUGACAUAAAUACAUUUUCUAAGGGGGGGGGGAAGAAAUUAAAAAACACCUGUUAAUUUUAAACACACUUUUUAAGAAAAAUAUAAUUAAAAAAGAAACAGUGCUCAUGUCAUAAGCUAUGUUGACAGUUGCCAGUGGAAAUGUUGGGUUGGUUCAAAAAAAAAAUAAAAGCUAUACUUAUAUCUCUCUACAUA